AUUCCACGUUUCUAUAUACUAAACCUUUGUCUGCCAUUGGAUUUUGGUUUGCUUUGGAAGAUUUACCGUGGAUAAUGGAUCUUUGUGCUCACCCAAUAUCAACAAGAUUUGUCCGCGCAAAAACAGGUGAUGGGAAACUUACUACUGAAUUUAUACCAAUUGAUAAUGAAGUUCCGUACGAUGAGAGUCAAUUUGUGAAUGAGGAAUGUAAAGCAGGUACCUUGGUUCUUAUUCAUGGAUCUGUUUUGCACAAGAGUGAAGCGAAUCGAAGUGGACACUACCAAGAAGAACAGCAACAAGAGUUGGAGGUUUUACGUUCAAUAUAUCCAGACGAGCUAGAAGAAAUUUCAUCUAAUGAAUAUAAAAUCAAACUCGAACCUGAUGAGCAAGAUUCUCUGGCUCCAAUAACGAUAGCACUGCACAUAAAAUACACACCUACAUAUCCUUAUGAAAUACCCGAGAUAUCAAUAGACACACUAGACGGUUCAUUAUCGCCUGAUGAUCAUGAUAAAUUGUUGCAGGGACUAUUGAAUUCCGCGCAAGAUUCGCUAGGAAUGGCUAUGAUAUUCACAUUGGCCUCACUUUUAAAAGAUGAAUUGACAAAUUUGGAGGAACAAGCACGAUCCCAAGGUACAAGGGUGACAGUAGCGGCAUUUCUGGAAUGGCGAGAAAAAUCCAAUAAAGAAAAAGCUGAGAAAGAGCGCAUAGAAAAAAGGAUGAAACACUUGCUAAAUCUGAUGUUACGUUUAUGGAGGAAGGUGAUGUAUGAUGAAAGUUCUGAUGAAGAGGAGGUGUUGAAUCUUAUACGGAGUAAUACAGAUUAG